AUGGGGCUUGAGAAUAUCAAGCACAUUAUACUUGUGCUCUCUGGUAAAGGAGGUGUUGGGAAAUCCAGUGUUACAUUGCAACUAGCUCUAUCUUUAUCCCAGCAAGGACACAAUGUUGGCAUCCUAGAUAUUGAUCUCACAGGGCCAAGCAUUCCUAGGUUGCUAAAUCUUGAAGACAAGAAAGUCAAGCAGGCACCUGGAGGAUGGCUUCCUGUACCAGUCCAUGACGCUCUAGAAGGCAAUCAGAAUGGAAGUUCGUCUCAAGACCAAUCCGACGGUACAACACCAAGAACGAAGAGGGGCUCCCUGCACGCUCUCUCACUCGCAUUUCUACUUCCAUCCAGAGAUAGUGCUGUCAUCUGGAGAGGACCCAAGAAGACAGCAAUGAUUAGACAAUUCGUCUCAGACGUUUUGUGGCCACCAAAUACAGAUUAUUUACUCAUAGAUACACCUCCAGGCACAUCCGACGAACACAUAGCCAUCGUCGAAGAGCUUCACAAACUAGCAGCAGCCACGCCCGUCAUUCAGAGUGGGCAACCACAUCUCAACAUCUCUUCGCCGGCAGCUUCACUUGCUGGCGCCGUGGUCGUCACUACGCCACAAGCCAUCAGCACGAGUGAUGUGCGCAAAGAACUCAAUUUCUGCGUCAAAACACAAGUACCUGUGCUUGGUGUGAUCGAGAAUAUGUCAGGCUAUAUGUGUCCCUGCUGCGGCGAGGUUUCCAACAUAUUUUCAAGUGGAGGUGGCAAGGACAUGGCAAAGGAGUGUGGAGUCCCAUAUCUUGGGAGUGUACCGAUUGAUACAACAUUUGGCGAUCUCGUCGAAGGAGUAAAGCAGACACAGCAAGAAGAGAGUACCAGCAGUGAUGCACAAGCUACAUCUGUUGCCCGCACGGAACUAGUUGAAAGAUAUAGAGACUGUGGGUUAUGCACUAUAUUCAACGAGUUCGCCUAUGUUGUGGUACAAAAAGUCGAAGGUACACCUCAAGCUUUAGUCACUCAAGGCCACGAAAUACAUUAA